AUGUCGGCCAAUUUGCCCGCAUCCAAUGAACGAUACGGCGAUAUGACAUACUGGCGUGGACGAGCGGUAUUCCAAGUCGGUCCUCUGCUAGAGACUUGGAGCUUCUUCCCGAUCGGUCCAUGUAGGGAAUCUGAGGACGAUGCCUCGUUCGACUGGUUCAAGACCUACUCCGAUCUUGCGCCGUACGUGCGAGAGCUCAUCCCAGAUAAGGAUGCGCGUAUUCUGAUGCUGGGAUGCGGAAACUCUACCCUCUCCCAAGACAUGUAUGACGACGGAUACAAAAACAUCGUGAAUACCGAUUAUUCGCGUAUCGUGAUUGAGCAGAUGCGCACGCGACACGAGACAGCACGGCCAGACAUGGAGUGGGUCGAGAUGGACGUCCGUGACCUUAAAUUCCCUGACGAAUCUUUCGACGUCGCUAUCGACAAGGGCACAAUGGAUGCCAUGAUGACCGCCAAGGGCGACGUCUGGGACCCACCAGAACAAGUGGUCAAGGAUUGCACAGCAGAAGUGAGCGAAGUCCUCCGCACAUUGAAAGCCGGUGGGACCUUCAUAUAUCUUACCUUUGGGCAACCCCAUUUCCGACGACGCUUUUUGAUGCAUUCCAAUACAACACUGCAGAUCAAGGAGUUGGGCGAAGCCUUCCAUUACUACCUAUAUGUAGUCAAAAAGACAUCCAGUGGAUGAUUCAAAGGAGGAAGACACUGUCAAGAAGUGACACAUUGUCUAGCGGGCGAAGACAAGAAACGGUGGCUGAGAAUUCAUGGUUAUCCUUUACAUGCAUGUGGAUAGCAUGAUGGAACGUGAAAGCCUAUCGGUCUCUGCACUGGCCUCAGAGUCUGCUCGUGACGUCCUCGUUGACCGGCCAUCUGCCGGUAUCCUCCACUCCCUUCAACGACGUAGGGCCCUUGCCCUGGUAGUUGUUCUCCCGCAUCCAUUGCUCGACAGACUGGGUGCCAGGGUGCACGCUCUUGCACCACUGGACGUCCUUCACGACCUUUCUGUCUCGGAAAACAGCCCAGAACCCGGCAAAGUUCUCCUUGACGGUCAGCGAACCCGUCCCGAUCUUGGCAUCGCUCAGACCGAUGUGGAAGUUGCCAAACC